GACUUUCGCCAGCGACCACGGUUAGGCCCUUUCCCGCAGCUGUAAUAGUCCUCUGGAGCCUGAAGGCUGAGAAGGAGGCAAAACACAAGGAAAAAUGGCCCCCGCUACUAAGAAGACGAAGAAGACCCAGGAGAACAUCAACGCCCGUCUGGCGCUGGUGAUGAAGAGUGGCAAGUACACUCUGGGCUACAAGACCUGCCUGAAGACCCUGCGCUCGGGCAAGGCCAAGCUGGUCAUCAUCUGCAACAACUGCCCCGCUGUGCGCAAGUCUGAGGUGGAGUACUACGCUAUGCUCGCCAAGACCGGCGUGCACCACUACGGCGGCAACAACGUUGACCUGGGCACUGCCUGCGGCAAGUACUACCGCGUCAGCGUGCUGGCCAUCACCGACCCCGGUGACUCGGACAUCAUCAAGACCGUGGAGUAAAUGCGCGGCAGUUGGGGUCAUGCAUCCACGGCUGUAACGUUUUAAGUGGGG